UCAAUAGAGAUUUAGUAAAGGCAGUGCAUUUGUGGCGUGGAAGCAGCUAAAAUGUAGUUCGCGUAAUUAGGAUGUACGUUGAGGGAAUGGGAGCACACACGUUUUUUAAAAUGAGUGUGGAAGUGGAAUUAAGCUUUAGUUUUACAAAAACAUAGACUAUCCAGGUUACAGACAGUACGAUGUCAUGUAUACCGAAUAGCUAUGUUAAAAUUCAUUAUCAAGCACAAAUUCAACAGUGAGUUAAGGGUAUUCAAAAGUUUUUGAUAUUGUUUAUCAUGAGAAAAAUGGAAAACGCUGCCAAUCGACCAAGUCGAACGAGAGUUCGUUCUCACUCGCAAUCUGCAAGAGUGUUGGUUUUCGACGAAAAAACUGUCACUCAUAUGAGAAGCGUUGAUGAACCCAGCCAUCGACGAUUUUCUGAUUCAGAAGAUGGAAAGUUUCCUGUUAAAUCACGUUCAGAAGAAAAAACCAACUUGAUUCAUAUGAGAAAAUCAAAUCUGGGUCAGUCAGCACCAUCACUCUCUUCGAGCAUUAAAGAGCUGGGUUUGCCUCGAAGAAGUAGUCGUAUUGCCCAUAGGAAGAGCUUCAUAUCGGCAACUUCUCCAACAUUACCCAGGUGUCAUUCACCAGUUCUAAGCAGUCCCUUAGAAAGUCCACGGAUGUCUCCAAGCCAACAUUUUGGUUUUGCACCAAUUAAAAGAGGUGAUGGAAGAAGAUGGUCUGUUGCAUCUCUGCCUUCAUCUGGCUAUGGGACAACACCUGGAAGUUCUAAUGUGUCGUCACAGUGCUCUAGCCAGGAGAAACUACAUCAGCUGCCAAAUCUUCCUACUUCAGACGAACUUCAGAUGCUGACAUCACAUUUCUCAUCAAAUGACAGCAAUCCAAGCAUAGAUGAUGAUGGACGACGUUCUCCUUUCUAUAGACCUAGAUCAAGAAGCCUAAGUAGUCCGAGUCGUUCCCCAGUUACAGAUGAUGAAAUUGUUCUUAUGAACACAUUAUACAAGGAAAGAUUCCCAAAGGCCACUAAGCAGAUGGAGGAAAGAUUGCAGAGUUUUAUUGAUGAAAAUAAAUCACUAGAUUCAAAUGAGAAGUUCAGCAUACUUGCCAAAGACUGUGUACCCAUAGUGAGAUUUGUUCACCAUCAGAUUGUGGAGAUGGCAAGAGACUGCCUUCAAAAAUCUGAAGAAAAACUGGUCACCAGCAGAUAUUUCUAUGAAAUGUCAGAAAAUUUGGAAAAGUUGCUUUCGGAGACAAAAGAUAAAUCACCUGAUGCAGCAGCCUGGUUAAGUGGAAUAAUUAAAAAAUUACUUCUUAUAAUUUCUCGCCCUGCUCGUUUACUGGAGUGCUUAGAGUUUGACCCUGAAGAAUUCUAUUUACGCCUGGAACAAGCUGAAGGCCAAGCUAAAACAUCGUAUGGAAUAAAGGCAGAAAUAGCUCAGUAUGUCAUCAACAAAUUGGGUUUAACAAGAGAUCCCAUAGCAGAAUUACAGGAGGGAUUAAAUAAGAUGGAAAACAGAGCUGCGGUUUCAGAAGAAAGAGUUUCCACAACAACAGUGUGUCCCUUACCAGCUGCUAAGGACUCUAAAGAUUCAAAGGUGCCAUCUGAGGAUGACUUUGAAAUAGUGAAGUUAAUUUCGAAUGGAGCAUAUGGUGCCGUUUACCUCGUUCGCUCGAAGGAAACACGUAUGAGAUUUGCAAUGAAGAAAAUAACAAAAAACAAUCUUGUGCUAAGAAACCAGGUCGAUCAAGUAUUUGCUGAGCGUGAUAUCAUGAGUUUUACUGAUAAUCCAUUUGUAGUGAGCAUGUAUUGCAGCUUUGAAACAAAGAAACAUCUGUGCAUAGUCAUGGAGUACGUAGAAGGAGGAGAUUGUGCGACACUGGUGAAAAACAUAGGACCUCUCCCACCAGACAUGGCAAGGUUUUACUUUGCAGAGACUGUUUUAGCUGUUGAAUAUUUGCACAGUUAUGGAAUUGUUCAUAGAGAUUUGAAGCCAGAUAACUUGCUCAUAACAGCAUUGGGCCACAUCAAGCUUACAGACUUUGGAUUGAGCAAAAUGGGGCUAAUGUCAUUGGCAACUAAUCUGUAUGAAGGCUACAUUGACAAGGAAACCAAGCAGUUUUCUGACAAACAAGUUUAUGGAACACCGGAAUACAUUGCUCCAGAAGUUAUACUGAGACAGGGAUAUGGCAAACCUGUAGACUGGUGGUCUAUGGGCAUUAUAUUGUAUGAAUUCCUCAUUGGCUGUGUGCCCUUUUUUGGUGAUACACCAGAAGAAUUGUUUGCCCACACUGUAAAUGAUGACAUUGAAUGGCCAGAUGAUGAUGAUUGGCCAGUGCAACCUGAGGCCAAAGACAUCAUCACAUCUCUACUACAACAAAAUCCAAGAGAUCGACUGGGAACAGGGGGUGCUCAUGAAGUAAAGGAGCAUCCAUAUUUCAGUGGUGUGGACUGGAAUUCACUACUCAGGCAAAAAGCUGAAUUUGUUCCUCAGAUUGAUCAUGAAGAGGACACCAGUUACUUUGACACUCGAAUGGAUCGUUACAACCAUGACAUUGGAGAAGAUACAGAUGAUACAGAUGAGUCACCUCUGUUCAGUUCAUUCUCGUCGUGUACGCCACACUAUCGUAAGGUACAGACCAGGCUAAGUCUAUUUGAAGAAGGGGAUGAUGGCAGUUUCAGAAAGUCAUUCUCACGUGCCGAUUCAGGGCAGUCAGACCAUUCAGAGUCUUCUCCUUCCAAUCUUGGGAGUAAUUUGGACACACCAGAAACAGAUGGAAACCGGGAAAUAAUGGAGACAGGUGAUCGAUCAUCGUUGAAGAAAGCUGCACAGCCUAGUACGCCUGAAUCAUCACAAACUGAGAGUGAUGAUGUUUCACCACAGAUCCACAGGAAGAGGAGACUUCACUCAAAGGAUGCUCUUCCUCGUUUUUCAAUUUCUGUUGAAGAUAAUCGUACCAGCUCUCAGCCAGAGCAAAAUACAAACCAAUUGCAGCCAUUGCCCACUCAUCCUUUGGAGGAGAAAGGUUGGCGAAACUCUGACAAUGUUCCAAGAGUGUCAUUACCAGCAAUUCCUCCAAUUGCACCUUGUGGAAAGCACCGUUCCAGAUCAGUUAUCAAGAGUGCAUCUGCGACUGGGCUUUCUCUUAUGAUACCUUCUGAAGAAUGUCACCCACAACCAAUUCAGUCCCCUGGUGGAUCAAGCACUGCCAGUUCACGGGAUACAUCUCCUUGCCGAGAACUGUCACCUCUUGUUACAAGCCUGAAACCACCAAUUAUUAUCCGGCGUGGCCCUCGUGGAUUUGGUUUUACUGUGCAUACUAUUAGAGUGUACUACGGUGACACAGAUUUUUAUACAAUGCACCAUUUAGUAAUGGCUGUGGAAGACAGCAGCCCAGCAUUCGAGUCAGGUGUUCGCCCAGGUGACUUAAUAACGCACAUAAAUGGUGAAGCAGUACAAGGACUUUACCAUACUCAAGUACUGCAGCUCGUAUUAUCUGGCGGUGACCAUGUGACACUGCGUGCAACUCCAUUGGAAAAUACCUCAAUUCGAACUGGUGGUAGGCGUAGAGAACCGGGCCAGAGCCGCUUGGCACGUCACGCUGCUCCCCAUCGUCAACAGAGACAUCGCCAGAAGAGGGAUCAUCCUGACAAACGUCGCAAACCAUCUCUCUUCCGCCGCAUUAGCAGCAAGCGUGCUUCUGCUGAACUGCAUCAGCCAUUGAAAAUAUCGAGCCCUCUGUCAGCUCCGAUCAUUCCAGUUGACUGUAAACCUCAGUUCAAGCUGGCGGCAGGUGUACCUGCACAAACAAGUGUGACACCAAGUCGCAGCCUAACUUCACUUUCCAUGUCACGACCACUACCACUACCACCUACAGAGCUUGGGCCAUCCUCACCAUUGCGUUCACCACCUACGGUGCCUAUACCUCCACAUCGCUCGGCAUCUGUGGAGUCACCAGCAACUUCUUCACAGUCGAGCUCACCUGGUUCUGGUUCAGAUGGUAGUGGACAACCACCAGCACCUCAUUUCCAAAGGCCUUCAACAUUACAUGGUCUAAAACAUAAGCUGCAUACAUCAGCUAAAGGCGUUCGCUCACCUGGGAGACGCAAGUCUGUGGGUCAUAUUCCACUCAGUCCACUGGCAAGAACUCCUUCUCCAGGACCAUUGCCUUCUUCACCCACACGCUCACCUAGCCCCUUGGCAUUCCCUGCUGUUGCUGGACACCAACCAGGUAGCUCAAACACAACACAGUCAUACAGUCCAGGACAACCUCUUGUGCCCGCAACAGGAGCAGUAGCGAAAAAGGGAUUUGGUCGACCAAAGGGAGCUGAACCAGGUUCACCACUGCUGAGACGGGCCCUUUCACCUGAUCGCUUGCAUCCGAGAAGUGCAGAGAAGCCCGCACCACCAUCUGUGUCACCACUGUGUCAGCCAUCACCACCCAAGGUUACAGUUUCAUCGGCAUCACCUCGCUUAACUUCUGGAGUUGCAGCUUCCGUUCCCUCACCUUCAGAUCCCGAAAGAAGAAAAUCUGAUCCUAAUCCUUGCUCGGAACACAGUUCUAGUGACUUUAGAGCAUCUGCAUCUGGUGAUAGGGGCUCCCAACACUUGCCUCGCAUAGCAGAAGAAAAAGAUUCUCCUACAGGUUCCAAAGAUGAACAGAGUCCACCUUUUGGAGCAUUUUCAGAAUCUACAAUAGAUUUUGAUGGCCGCAUUGAUGUGUCUGUCCGAAGGUCUGCUCCGGGCCGCCUCUAUGAAGAUCGAAAUCAGGAAACACUAUCUGGUUCUGGGUUAACUAAUGAAAAUCUCAUCUCUGCAGAUUCAGAACCUUUAAGUGAUAUCUGCAGUAAUAAAGGUAAUGAAACUCUUAUUAAGAACAAAAAUAAAUGUUCUGUACACAGUUCUCCUGAGUCAACCAGUCAUUUGCCCGAACGUGAUGUAAUAAUAGGUGGUAAAAAUAACGCCAUGAAAGUUGACAUGAGAGCAGCACAUGAUAGUCACUCUAUCAGUUUCAAUAAAAGGCCUGAUAUUCUGCAUGAUGAUAAAUUAACCCAGAAUAAAAUAUCGACAUCUGAAACCAGAGUUACAAGUAUGACACCUGUUUCUUCUGAACUGGAUAAAGUAUCUGGUACUCAGAUUGUUGCCAGCAAACGUCAGAUUGAUAGCACUGCGUGUGAAAGCAAGUCAAAAUUUAUGCUUUCUGCAGGUGAGACCUAUCCUGCUUCUAAAAAUGUGGAGAUGACUAAGCAGCUUGCACCACAAGAUACCUGCCGGGCGAAAGUUGCUGAGUGUUCGGAGUUACAUACAACUUGUAGUGCCUCUGGGUCUGACAUUUCUGUCCAUGAAGCAUAUGGAGGAGGUACAACAUUUCAUAAUACACGUAAUGUCAGUGUACCUACAUCAACAGAUUUUUCUCGUCAGGCUGUGCCUGCAAUUGGGGUGAUAUUACGGGGAAACAAUGCACAGGCUCAGCCAUCAAGCAUGCAACAUGAUAAUGCAGCAGGCAGCAGUAAGGAAAAAGAAAGUGUCAGUAAAGUAGUAUCUUCUCUCAAGUGCACAGGUGGCAGUCAGGGCAGAGGAGUGCACAGUUCUUCUGGAGGUGAAUCAGCUUUGAGUAUAAUUCGAAGUUCAAAUAGUGAGCUGAAGAACAGUAACACACAAGUCACUAUAAGAGAGUGCUCUGAUGUGUCAAAGAAUAAAGAGACAUCAUCUUGACAUGGUGUGAACAAGAUAGAUGCUGAAUAAAAUAAGCCAUCUGAUACAUAUUUUCUGGUGCAAAGCUUUUAUUUCUGUGACGUUCGUAUUAUAUUUCCAAGCCAAAAAGAGCAAAUUAGAAGUAACAGUAUUGUUAUAAGAAGAAACCAGGGAAUGACUAUAAUAAGAAUGUUAGAGGAAGAUAAACUAGGAUGUCCAUUGAAGUAAUGCACCAGGUGAGGGUACAAAUUUGUGAAGGAGUGAGCAGUGUCUGUUUUCUUUGGUACAGAUUUACAUGGAGCUCUAUUACUUUAUGUGAAAUUCUCACAACAUUUUCAAAAAAAGUAGUAAAGAUUUUAAAAUAUGAAGGUUGUAUCUGUAAUAUAUUUUCUGUACACAAGCUAUUUUUAAAAUAACUAUUUAGCACAUUGGCCAAACUCCGUUGUAUAUAUUCAUGUAAAUAAACACUUUUAAAUAUUUAACUAAAUAUUUUAAUAUAUUUUUAAUUGUAAAUUGUGGAAUGUUUAUCAAGUAAACUUCCAAUUGAAAAAUGAAACUAUAUACAUUUGAAAUAUGUUAGAGUAAUCUUGAGAAAUGUCACUUUGAAAAUUCCCCAUUUUAAAUUUUAUAAUGUUGACUUUACUUUUGUAAAUAAAUAUGUUUCUUUGUUGAUAUUAAUGAA